AUGAACACCACCGCAGUACCUCACCCAGAACCCACCACCACCCAGCAACCACGCCCAGGAGCAGACGCAGACGUCAGCGCUGCUACCCUCCAAACAAAGCUCUCAACCCUGAUAAACAACUUCGUAACCACAAACCCUCAAUCCCGCGCAUCCCACGACAAUGCCCGCAAAUCUCUACCAGGAGGCAACACGCGAUCCGUCCUAAGCUCCGCUCCAUUCCCUCUGACCAUGAAAAGCGGAAAAGCGCAAUAUCUCACUUCCAUCGACGGAAAAGAGUACCUGGAUUUCACGUCCAAUUUCUCAGAGGCGCUCUACGGCCACUCGCACCCCGUGAUAGAGGCCGCAGUUAAAGAAGCACUGUCGAAUGGCUUCAGCAUGGGCGCGGUCUCGAACAAAGAGGCGCAGCUGGCGGAGAUCCUGAAGGAGAGGUUUGCGAGUAUUGAUUAUGUGAGGUUUUGUAACUCUGGCACGGAGGCUAACACGUUUGCGCUGCUUGCUGCGUUGGCUUUUACGGGGAGGAAGAAGGUAUUGGUCUUUCGCAAUGGGUACCAUGGAGGUACGCUAACAUUCGCCAACGACACAAACCCCAUGACUCUCCCCUUCGACUUUGUCCUCGGCGAAUACUGCAACAUCGAGCACACCCGGCAGCUAAUCACCUCCGACCUCGGCGCCAUACUAGUCGAACCAAUGCAAGGCGCAGCGGGCAUGCUACCCGCAACAGCAAAAUUCCUCACUUUUCUCCGCGAAGAAGCCUCUCGGACUGGCGCCGUCCUCAUCUUCGACGAAGUCAUCACCUCCCGACUACACUACAACGGCCUGCAAGGUCACUUUGGGAUAUGUCCGGACAUGACAACGCUGGGGAAGUACAUCGGCGGAGGAUUCUCAUUCGGUGCAUUUGGCGGACGGGCCGAUAUCAUGUCUCAAUUUGAUCCUGCUGUCGGCACGCCCGGGACUGGUCGUGUGCUCACCCACUCUGGCACGUUUAACAAUAAUGUUUUCACCAUGACUGCUGCGCUGGCAGGUUCGAAGCUCGUGACGAGGGAGUCGCUUUCGGGGUUGAAUGCACUGGGUGAUGGGUUGCGUCAACGGGGGAAUGAGAUUGCGAGGGACCAUGAGUGGGUGGGGAUCGAGUUUUCGGGGAUGGGGAGCGCGGUUGGGGUUCAUUUUGGGGGAAGUGGGAAUAGUGAGGUGUUACGGGACUGUUUCUAUUUCUACAUGUUGGAACGCGGGAUCAUGGUUGGUCGGCGUGGGUUUGUGUCGCUGAAUCUGGCUCAUAGGGAAGAGGAUGUUGAUCGGUUUUUGGAUGCUGUUCGGGCAUUUGCAGUGGAGAUGAAGUCUCUUUGUCUGAUAUAG